GAUCAUGAGCAAUUAUGGCUGUAAUGGCUGAGCGGCCUAAGCGGUUAAGCGCUAGUUAGCAAUAGAGAAUACAUUUAUGAAUACAAGAUUAAAAAAAAUAUACUCAUCAGUAAUACCAGAAUUGUGAAAAUGAGAAUUAUGACUAGAAAAAAGUAGCUACUACUCAAUUAUCCUUUUGUCAAGAAAAUGUGCCUUUCAAUGUUGUGAUAUCGCGUUAAGAAAAAACUGCCAAAAUGUUUAAAAAAAACAAAAAAGAUAAAGCUAAACUGGAACACAAGCUUUAUCUGGCAAGAGAGACACCAGAGCUUGUGUUUGAUAUUUCUGAAUGUGAUUUAAAGGCAGUUCCUCCAGGCAUCUACUCAUUGUGCAAAGUAUUUCUUAAAGAAAAAUUAGAAUUACAAAAAAAUUCUUUAACAUCUUUGAAUGGAGGUGGUAAUUUAAGUGAUUUAUGUACACUAAAGGUAUUAAACGUUAGUUAUAAUGCAUUAACAUUUCUUCCAAAUGAAAUUGAUCAACUAACUAAUCUUCAGGAAUUAUAUGUCAAUGACAAUCACUUAAAACAACUACCUUCUACAAUUUGUCAUUUAAAGUAUCUUCAAAUUUUUGAUGUUUCAACCAACAAACUAAAAAACUUACCAGAAAAUUUGGGUAGUAUGGUCAGUCUGCAAGAAAUUAACUUAAAAAAUAAUCCAAAAUUACAUGAACUACCUAAAAGUAUCAGCUGUUUACAUAACAUGCAAUGUAUACAAAUUGACAUUACCGGCUUUACCUAUCCACCUGAGGAAAUUGUGAAAAAUGGAACUUCAUCUAUUAUGAAAUUUAUUUGUGAAGAUAUGGGUCAAGUGUAUGUAUCACAGAAUGAACCUACUGAAUUAGAGAGAAGCAAUUCUAAUAAAAGCAUUCCAAGGAGUCUUAGUAAUAGCAUAAAGGUAUUGUUUUAUUCAUGUUUUUAUCAAUUUUAAAAACGAGAAAAUAAGCUAAAAGAGACUCACUCUAUUUACCACUAAAAUUUUGCACUAUGGACAAGUAUCAUAUCUAAUGUGACAUUAUCAGCUCAAGGCGUGUGAGCAAAACAGUGUUUAGUGUUAAUAAAGGGUGAGACUCAUA